AUGCGGACACUCUCCUUCGUACCGCCCGCUCUACAGCCGCAGGACAGUGCUGCCCCGAAGGUCCUCUCACCGGAGCUUCACACGGUUCAUUACCGGCUGACAUGGACUAAGAGGAGCGGGGACAGUCCGCUCGGAGCCCAGGACCCCUCCCCCUCCCGUGGCGGCAGCCAGGCAUCGUCAUGGCGUCCCGGCUGCUCGACCGUCUAAAGCGCUCGCUGUUUAAAGACGGACAGGGGCCGGGACCCGAGCAGGAUGCCGGCAGUGGACAGGAAGAGGAGGAGUUUAAAGAGGACAGCUGGGAGGCGGAGCUGGAGGAGGAGGAGGAGUGUGUGACCGAUCGGCUCGGUGGGAUGCUGUGCUUCGACGGAGGAGGAGCAGCAGGAGCAGGAGGAGGAGCGGAGGAUGACAACGAGGGGUCGGGGCUAGACAGUGACUCUGACUUCCUGGGAGAGUCGAUGGAGGAGGGGCUCAGCAGCACAGACGCCAGUCCUGUGGCUGUGUCCCCGGCGGGCCCCUCAGCGUCCUACCUGUUGACUCGGCAGCUCCAGGAGAGUUGGAGGUCUCUGCGGGGGCUGGGCGGAGGAAGCCCCACCUCACCUGGCAGGCAGCUGACCGACAACCUGCUGUUCGAGGUGACGGAUGCCAGCGUGGUGCAGGACGGCUCCUCCAAAUACGUGCUCUACACCAUCCAUGUGAUCCAGUCUGGCGGCAGCGAUAAGACUCCCGCCAUCAUCACCCGCCGAUACUCAGACUUCCAGCGGCUCCACGCCACGCUGCGCCGCAACCACGGCGACCAGAUGGAGCGCGUCUGUUUCCCACGGAAGAAGCUGCGCAGGAACUUCACGGCGGAGACGAUCGCCAAGCGGAGCCGAGCAUUUGAGCAGUACCUGUCCCACCUGUGUGCCCUGCCCGGCCUCAGGGGGCCGCCGUGUGUCCGUCAGUUCUUCUACCUGAGCGACCUGCAGACGGGACAGCUGCUCAUCAGGGUGGGACGUUACCAGGAGGCCUUGGGUCCGCUGCUCAACGCCAAGAGGCUGCAACACAAACUGGGCUGGGCGUGUUACUAUGACGACCAGGCCCAGGCCCUGCCCCCGGCCUCCCCCAGCUGGUUCUUCACUCUGGUGGGGCUGUCCAGCUGUUUCCAGGAGGUGGAGCAGCUAGAGGAGGCGCGGGACCACUGCGACCUCGCGCUGCGCGUUCUGACCCCUGCCGAGCCCGACACCGGCCCCCCCCCCCCCGACGAAAAGCCCCACCCACUGACUGAAAAGCACCUGGACAGGCCACACCCCCUCCUGCUGCCGCUGCUGCGGGCGGUGGUGCGGCUGUCGUGGCAGACGGGGCGGGACAAGCGGCAGUGGGAGGAGCUUCUGCAGCACCUGGAGGAGCAGGGGGUGGGGCUAGACAAUCAGCCAACCAUCAAAGAGUUCCUGGUCAAACACAACCUGCAGGAGAGCGAGGGGGAGGGCUGACACACACAUGCACAUACACACACACACACACACACUGUAGAGGACAAUCACUACAACAUGAGUGCUGCGGCCACUAAAACACAGAUGAGCUUUGAGAAUAAAGUUUGAAAAAAUUAGAAAAAUGUUACUUUAAAAGGAGAAAGUCAGAAUAUUUCUAGUUGAAGUCAUGAGAAAUUAUAAAUAAAUCUUACAGAUUUAACCUUCCUCCAACAAUGCCGAUAAAAUAUAAAUAAACAAAAGAAAGAUAAAGAUGAAGCUUAAAUAAAAUAAAAAAGGAAGUUGAUGUUUUUCAAUAAUUAAUAAAACUCAAUUUAUAGUAUUUAUUGUACUUUAACACAUUAAAGCAAUUCAAAAAGACAAAACAACGGACAAAAAUGCCAACAUCCAGCUAAAAACAUAAAAAACACAACUGCAUAAAAAUAUCAAAAUCAAGAUAAUAGUCAUAAAAGGCAACAAACUGUCUUUUUAUUUUUUACAGGGUUAUUAGAAUUAAGUCAAAUACAAGCAAGAAUUAAAAUAUGAAUUAUUUUAACAUAUGACAAAAAUGUGCAUAUGUUAAAUACAAUAGUAGAAUAAAGUUGAACUAUUAAUAAUGCCAGAAUUUUUUUUUAAGAGAGAUAUUUCAAAAAUAAAUUUUAAAGCAUUAGAAUCCAAUUGUAAUGUUACAGAAAAGAAUUCUUAACAUCCUGACUUUCCUCUCAUCAGUUUUAUAAUAUUCAGACUUUUUCUCAUAACGUUCCCUCUUUUUUUCAAACUCUGAUGUUUUUUCUUUAGUGGCCGUUAAACUCCGUCAGCUGAGAAACUUUUAGAGUCUUAAGCAGCUUCAGUUCUCACUCGUCAGUGUUUUGAUGGUCUGAGAACGUUCAUAAAGGGAGGACUUUAUUUCAAACCGUUUCCCUUUAAAAAGCAGUACUUAGAAUAGUUGGAGAAAGUUUAAAAUACAAAAAGAGAGUGAGUAUAAAGUCUGAAAUAUAAUAAGAGCAGAAGAGAAGAAAACAUGUUUACAUGCAUGUUCACUAGCUGCAGCCUCCUUCUUCUUCUGUUGUUUUUAUUGUUGUUGUGUUGUUUCUGGAGGAUGAUGUGAAGCUGUUGGCAGGUCAGACUCUCUAAAACUUGGUAUUUAACCCGGAGACGGUGCAGAGUUCUCCUCAACUCGCAUUCAGUCAUCUCCUCACUUUCUUUUAUUUUGGAAAAACUUGCAGAACCUUAAAAAAUAGUUUAUGAAGUAAUUUGUUGCCUUAACCCUGAAAUGAAAACAUUUUUGCUCUUUGCCGGCUGCACCAAUAUUUCUGUUACCUGCCCGCUGCUCAAAGUGAAGCUCAUAACGUUCUCCUGCAACAUCUGGACAGCUGUUCAGAUAUCUUCAGUCAGAUUCUCUUCCAUGUUCGAGUCUGUAGUUCACCGUCAAACAGGCUUUCAGGGCAGAAUAUUAGUUGGUCAGAGGUCGUCAGUGUCACAGUAACUGUAUAUUUAUCACAAUACAGUAAUUCUGUCAAUUCAGUCAAAGGGACGGUUCUGGAUUUUGGACAUUAAGUUAUAAAGAAACACCUGAAGACACUUCAGUUCCAAACAAUAGACACAAAAAAAAUAAAAGGAAAGUCCAGGGAUUUAUGAGAUCACUGAACGCUGUAAGGAAGCGACUGAUUUGACACGUGAUAACAUAACUUCUAUACAUUUAUUUAUUUUUAUAUAUAUAUAUAUAUAUAUAUAUGGAAGCUCGGCAUGCACGGCUUCAUCCUGCAGAACACCGCCCACCGCUCAAAUACCAAGGGUUUAGAGAGUCCUGCAGCCAAAGACGAAUCAGGACCAGAGAUCUUAUAGAUCAGCUGUAGAUUCUAACAAUCAGUUCAAACGCUGCAGCUUAUCACAUGAAAGAAAAGAAACCUGGAGCAGCGUCACUCUUAAGCACUUUUCUGUGAAUUUAAAAAUAACUUUUAUAAAAAGGACUAUUGACUGGGUUUCUCUCUCUGUGAUUAAGAUUUCAAUGCAAAUAUUUUGCACUUUUUUAAAAAUCAUUUAUCAGCAUCUGGAAUGUUUUCAUACAGAAGAGGAUCAGGGACAGGCAGGAGGAGAAAAUACUGAGAGGAGGAAAAAAAUAAAUUCUGCACUUUGCUUUACCAACUCAAAAAGUGACUUUAUUCUCCUCAUUUUGACUUUUUCUCAGACUGCGAGCUACAACCUGAUUCUCCUCAAUAUGUCUAUAAUAUUUGUCUAAAAUAUGCACAUAAAUAACAUAAAAGCAGAAUAUUAUAAAACAAUAGAUCUACCAAGAGUAUCUAAUUUAUGUGUCUGUGAUUUUAGUUCUGAUGCACCUUAUAUAUUGAGGUUAUUGCUCAUUUUCUGACAUGAUGAGAAUCAGGUUGUAGCUGCAGAAACUGUUGAUAGAAACUGAUUGAACCUGUGAACAUGUUGAGCAACACAGAAAGUCACUUUAUUCUCCUUAUUUUAACUUUUUUCUUAAACUGCAGAAUGAAAAAAAAGAUCUUUCUCAGUAUUUUCUGCUACCUGGCUCUGAUCCUUGUAUUAAUGUAUUUUCACCCUGUGGACAGUUUUUUCAAUAAAUGCUUCUUCUGUUGCCAGUAUGAAAUAUUCAGCUGUUAAAAGGCAUUAAAUAAUCCAACAUUUACUCACCACUGCAGCUCAGUCAGGUGUCUCUGCUGCUUGUCAGUGAUUAAAAUGUGUUUCAGUGUGUGACUUGAUGAGGGAAACCGUUAGAUGUGAAGACUUGAUUUACAUCAGCAGGAAGUUGUUUAGUUUCUUCUCCUGGUGUGAAACAAGAUGAAAAAGGGACAAGAUGAAGUCAGCACAUUAAAGACUUCACCUGCAGGGAAACUCCGAAUAAUGCACACAUUCAUAUUUCUGUGUUCACAUCCUGAACACCAGCUGCUGCAGGAGCACAUACAGCUAAUGCACGUUUACAAUACUCUGCAGACGCAGCGCUGCAUCAACACUCGCUACACAAAGUCUGAUUUGCAUUCGGGCUGCAAAUGCUGAUAUUCUCAUCAUCCAUUUAUAUGCCUGUUAUUUUCAUUUUUAUAAAGAUUUGCUGAUGGAUUUCUGCUCAAAAUACUCCUGACCUUUACACUGUCAAUGUACAGCAGUGGUGGAAGUAAUCAGAUUACUUUACUGCAGUAAAAGUACUAAUACACACUGUGAAAUACUCCACUACAGUAAAAGUCCUGCGUUCAAACCGACCUGCUGCAGGUUCUGAGUCCUGCAGAAAGAGGAAACAGGAGCAGAUGAUAGUUGGAACUGUUCCACAGCUCAGAGGUUAUAUAAUCUAAAAUAUAUUAUUGAUUAUUAUUAUUAUUGAUAAUGUUUUUAUUUUGUAAAUAUAUGACAAAUUUUAACUAAAUAUCCUGUUAUGGGGUUUAUUUAUAAAAAAAUGUCUAAAAGUAACUAAAGCUGUCAGCUAAACGUAGUGGAGUAGAAGUAUGUAAGUAAGUUAAGAACAAGUAUGUCAGAGUUGUAUUUGAGUAAAUGUAGUCGGUUACAUUCCAGCGUUGCUGUACAGAGAAACAGAAAUGUGAUCGUGUUCUCUGACUUCAUAGUUAUUUUACUGUUCAGAUGUGUGAGAAAAUUAAAGGAAAACUUUGCACAAAACACAUUAAUUCAUCAUAUUGACAAUAAAAAAGGAAGAAAAGGUUGCAGAUCUGAGUGAGUCAGAUCCUGGGGAGCUGAGAUCGAAGAACACAGAGAAAGAUCCUCACCGAAGCUUUGACAACGUUAGAUUUUCUGCUGAUUGUUUCCGGAUCAUUUCAGAAAAGUUUAUCUUGAUGCCGUUUAAAAAUUAAAGCUGUGCUCACACAGACAAUCUGCAUCGUUUCAGUAAACUCCCAUCAGUCUUUGUUUUUAUCUUGUGUUUGUUUUGUUGCUUCAGAAAAAGAUGUUCAAGAGUGUUUUCAACUCCAGUUUAUUUUAUGAAAUAAAUUUGUUAUAAAUUCCA